AUGAAUGGAGUCGCCUUCUGCCUGGUCGGGAUCCCGCCCCGCCCGGAGCCCCGGCCCCCUCAGCUGCCCCUGGGCCCGAGAGAUGGGUGCUCCCCUGGGCGCCCCCUCCCCUGGCAGGGGCCGCGGACCCUGCUGCUGCACAAAAGUCUCCAGGACGGCUUUGGCUUCACCCUGCGCCACUUCAUCGUGUACCCGCCCGAGUCCGCCGUGCACUGCAGCCUGAAGGAGGAAGAGAAUGGAGGCCGAGGAGGAGGAGGACCCUCCCCCCGGCACCACCGCCUGGAGCCCAUGGAUACCAUCUUUGUCAAGAAUGUGAAGGAUGACGGCCCCGCCCAUAGAGCCGGCCUGCGCACUGGAGACCGGCUGGUGAAGGUGAAUGGGGAGAGCGUCAUUGGGAAGACCUACUCCCAGGUCAUAGCUCUGAUCCAGAAUAGCGAUGAUACUCUGGAGCUCUCCAUCAUGCCCAAGGACGAAGACAUCCUCCAGCUGGCCUACUCCCAGGAUGCCUACCUGAAGGGGAACGAGCCGUAUUCUGGAGAGGCCCGGAGCAUCCCAGAGCCACCCCCAAUCUGCUACCCUCGCAAGACUUAUGCCCCGCCAGCCCGGGUCUCCACCUGGGCCACUAUGGUGCCUGAGCCCCUCUCAGCACUGCCCAGUGACCCCCGGAGUCCUGCCGCCUGGAGUGACCCGGGGCCCCGCGUCCCUUCUGCCGCCCGCACCCAUCCAGACAACUCUUCCUUGGGGAUGAGCCAGCCCCGCUCCAGCCCUGGUGCCUUCCCCCGCCUCCCCUCGGAGCCCCGGACGCCCCGUGCCUUCCCUGAGCCUGGCGGCCGGGUGCCCCCCAGCAGACUGGAGUGCCAGCAGGCCUUGUCACACUGGCUGUCAAACCAGGUACCCCGCAGGGCGGGGGAGAGACGGUGCCCUGCCAUGCCCCCCCGGGCCCGCAGUGCCUCCCAGGACCGGUUGGAGGAUGUGACUGCCCACCGCCCAUGGCCCUGUUCCACCUCCCAGGGUGCCUUGAGCCAGCUGGGUCAGGAAGGCUGGCACCGAGCUCGCUCAGACGACUACUUGAGCCGGACCACCCGCUCCGCCGAGGCACUGGGGCCAGGAGCACUGGUGUCACCCCGUUUUGAGCGCUGCGGCUGGGCUUCCCAGCGUCCGUCUGCCCGCACCUCUGCCUGCUCCCCCAGGGACCUCCCCGCGCCCCAGGCCCCACCCCCACCUGGUCUCCAAGGCCUGGACGACAUCGGGUACAUUGGAUACCGGAGCUACAGUCCAUCAUUCCAGCGCCGGACUGGCCUCCUGCACGCACUCUCCUUCCGGGACACACCCUUUGGGGGGCUGCCCACCUUCAACCUGGCUCAGUCCCCGGCAUCGUUCCCACCGGAGGCCUCCGAACCGCCCAGGGUUGUCCGCCCAGAACCCAGCACCCGGGCUCUGGAGCCUCCCACUGAGGAUCGUCGCGACGAGGUGGUCCUGAGGCAGAAGCCUCCCACAGGCCGCAAGGUCCAGCUGCCCCCUGCAAGACAGAUGAACCUUGGGUUUGGGGAAGAGUCCCCAGAGCCAGAGACCAGUGGGCGAGUAGAACGCCUGGGCAGGAAGGUGGCCCCUUUGGCCACUACUGAAGACUCUCUGGCUUCCAUCCCCUUCAUUGAUGAACCCACCAGCCCCAGCAUUGACCUCCAAGCCAAGCAUGUCCCUGCCUCUGCUGUGGUCUCCAGCGCCAUGAAUUCAGCCCCCGUCCUGGGCACCAGCCCAUCCUCCCCAACCUUCACCUUUGCCCUCGGCCGCCAUUACUCCCAGGACUGCAGCAGCAUCAAGGCUGGGCGCCGCUCCUCCUACCUGCUGGCCAUCACCACAGAGCGCUCCAAGUCCUGUGAUGACGGGCUCAACACCUUCCGGGAAGAGGGCAGGGCUCUGAGGCGCCUGCCAAACCGAGUACCCAGCCUGCGGAUGCUGCGAAGCUUCUUCACUGACGGGUCCUUGGAUAGCUGGGGCACUUCCGAAGAUGCGGAGGCUCCCUCUAAGCGCCACUCGACCUCUGACCUCUCGGACGCAACCUUCAGCGAUAUCAGGAGAGAAGGCUGGUUGUGUUAUAAGCAGGUCCUCACCAAGAAGGGGAAGAAAGCGGGCGGCGGCCUGCGCCAGUGGAAGCGGGUGUACGCCGCGCUGCGGGCGCGCUCGCUCUCGCUGAGCAAGGAGCGGCGGGAGCCCGGGCCGGCGGCGGCGGGGGCGGCGGCGGCCGUCGCAGGUGAGGACGAGGCGGCGCCCGUCUGCAUCGGCUCCUGCCUGGUGGACAUCUCCUACAGCGAGACCAAGAGGAGGCACGUGUUCCGGCUGACCACCGCUGACUUCUGUGAAUAUCUCUUUCAGGCUGAGGACCGGGAUGACAUGCUGGGCUGGAUCAGAGCGAUCCGAGAGAACAGCAGGGCCGAGGGCGAGGACCCCGGCUGUGCCAACCAAGCUCUGAUCAGCAAGAAGCUUAAUGAUUAUCGCAAAGUAAGCCAUAGCUCUGGGCCCAAAGCUGAUUCCUCCCCCAAAAUCGCUCGUGGCCUGGGGGGCCUCAAGUCUGAGUUCCUCAAACAGAGUACUGCACGUGGCCUCAGGACUCAGGACCAGCCUGCAGGGAGCAAGGAUGACAGUGCUGCCCCUCCCAAAACCCCCUGGGGCAUCAACAUCAUCAAGAAGAACAAGAAGGCAGCCCCUAGGGCUUUUGGGGUCCGGCUGGAGGAGUGCCAGCCGGCCAUAGAGAACCAGCGGGUCCCCCUGAUCGUGGCCGCGUGCUGUCGCAUUGUGGAGGCACGGGGGCUGGAAUCCACAGGCAUUUACCGAGUGCCAGGCAACAAUGCAGUGGUGUCCAGCCUGCAGGAGCAGCUCAACCGUGGGCCCGGUGACAUCAACCUGCAGGAUGAGCGCUGGCAAGACCUCAAUGUGAUCAGCAGCCUGCUCAAGUCCUUCUUCCGAAAGCUGCCUGAGCCUCUUUUCACCGAUGACAAAUACAACGACUUCAUUGAGGCCAAUCGCAUCGAAGACUCAAGGGAGCGGAUGAAGACGCUCCGGAAGCUGAUCCGGGAUCUCCCAGGACACUACUAUGAAACGCUCAAAUUCCUCGUGGGCCAUCUGAAGACCAUUGCUGACCACUCGGAGAAAAACAAGAUGGAGCCCAGGAACCUGGCCCUGGUCUUCGGGCCGACGCUGGUGAGGACGUCUGAGGACAACAUGGCGGACAUGGUGACCCACAUGCCGGACCGCUAUAAGAUCGUGGAGACGCUGAUCCAGCACUCAGACUGGUUCUUCAGCGAUGAUGAGGACAAGGGAGAGAGAACUCCUGUGGAUGACAAGGAGCCUCAGUCAGUGCCCAACAUUGAGUACCUCCUGCCUAACAUUGGCAGGACAGUGCCCCCUGGUGACCCAGGUUCAGAUUCCACCACCUGCAGUUCAGCCAAGUCCAAGGGCUCGUGGGCCCCCAAGAAGGAGCCGUACGCCCGGGAGAUGCUGGCGAUCUCCUUCAUCUCGGCGGUCAACCGCAAGCGGAAGAAGCGGCGGGAGGCGCGGGGGCUGGGCAGCAGCACCGACGACGACUCGGAGCAGGAGGCGCACAAGCCCGAGGCGGGGGCGCCGGCGCCGGGGGCGCGGGACCAGCCGCAGGGGCCGCUGCCGGACGCCGCCGCCGCCGCCGAGGCCGCCGGCCCGGCGGCGGCGGCGGCGGCGGCGGCGGCGGCGCUGGGCUCGCGGCCGUCGCGCAUCGAGGCGCUGCGGCUGCGCCUCCGCGGCACCGCCGACGACAUGCUGGCCGUGCGGCUGCGGCGGCCGCUGUCGCCCGAGACGCGGCGGCGCCGGAGCAGCUGGCGGCGCCACACGGUGGUGGUGCAGAGCCCGCUGACCGACCUCAACUUCAACGAGUGGAAGGAGCUGGGCGGCGGCGGCCCCCCGGAGCCCGCGGGCCCUCGGGCGCACAGCGACAACAAGGACUCGGGCCUCAGCAGCCUGGAGUCCACCAAGGCGCGGGCCCCGUCGUCCGCGGCCUCGCUGCCGCCCGGCGACCCGGGGCCCCUGCAGAGCCAGCCCCCGCGCCGCUCGGCCGCCUCCCGCCUCCACCAGUGUCUGUGACAGGCCGCCCUGCCCGGGUCUUCUCGGGCUCGCACCCCCCUCCUCUCGCCCCGCGGUGCGUCUGGCGCUGCAGGCCGCGCCUCCCUCGUUUGUGUGCGGGGGUGGGUAGUAGGUGGGCAGGCGAGAAGGCCCGGCUGGACGAGCAGUGGGAGGGAGGGGACCCCGGAGGUAAGGGGUAGGGGGCGGAGACGAGAAGGGGACAGGCUGCUGGGGCUGUGUGGCAGAGUGGGUCCUUCUGUGUCUGCACUUAGAGACCCUUGUUGGCCACGGGGUGUGGAUAGGGAACCCCCAAGUCUCAGACUAAAGGAAAGACACAGGGUGAUGCUGGCUCUUGGCUUCUUUCCUCCGCCCCUGUCCGUUAGCUCCCAGCUCCUCGCUGAGGGGAAGGGAGUGACUGUACGCCCGGGGAGAAGAGAUGGAGCUGGGUGGUGUCCCCAGGGGAGAGGGGCCUGUGGGCCAGUGCACGAGUCACUGGCAGAAGGUGUUUCCGUAGCAACUGCUGCCACUCCUGCCCCACCACGCACACCAGGGCGCCCUGCCCUUGCUGCCUCCAGGGAUCCUGCCUCUGCUGCUUGUCGGAGCCAGGGAAGGAAGUUAGGGCCGCUCCACAGAGACAGGACUGAGACUCUUACCAGGGUUACUCCCCUCACCAACUUUUUGCCAACCCCUAAACAAUCCUCACUAAGCGUGUUGACCAUGGGGAGCUAGCUGCCGGUUCCCCAGAGACUUCGGGGAGGGUCCAGGGUCCCCCUCCCCCCCGCCACCACUUCCCCAGACCUCCCUUGCCUGUCUUUUCCUUCUAGCUAUGCCUGCUUCUUCCACAACCCAGGCACACAGACCCCACCUUCUUCCUUUAGGAGGGGGCGUAGGAAACAACCCUGGUGUCUCACUCUCUCUCUUUCUCUCUCCCUCCCUCCUCUCUCUCACACCACACACACACACACACGCACACGCACAUACACACACACACUGAUUUAUGGGGUCUGAGCUGGGCUGUUCCUUCAGGAUGGGCGGGACCCAGCCCCCUCUUCUCCCCACACUUUGUAAAUAGACCUCAGACCACCAGGCCUCCCCACACAUGCCCUCACUUAUUCCAGGGAAGCCCAGGUGGGGUUGUGAACCCCACUGCCACGUCUGUCGGUCCUCUUGUUUUAUGCAAAGAUUUGCUGUAAAGUAGAUUUCUCUCUCUUCCCUCCCUGAUCCUUUUAUUGUAAAUAUUGUCUCUAAAUGUGUAACAUAUUAUAAAGAAUUUAUAAGGAUUUUUAAAGAUGUUUUGCUCAUUUAAAAAAGUGUUGUAACAGUGUUGGAUAAGCCUCUGGCCCCACGUGCGCAUGUCUCCUUUCACUGUGUCCUUGACACACCUCUCUAGGCGACAACUAAGAUUUCCUGCUUCUGAAAAGUCCUGUCUUAAAAGUAUAGUCUCUAUCUUGGAAAUAAAUGGCCUUC